AUGUGCUCGGAUCCCCACAAAGGCUGUCUCAUCACCUCGGCCAUAGAAAUUGGAACUUCUUCUUUGGCCUUUUUGAUCGCUGCUAAAGCUGUCAAGCUGCAGAAUCUGUAUAACAAGGCUGUGGAUACAAUAAGAACGAACGUUGGCUCAGCAGGAGACAGAUUCGACGAUGCAACAGUUGCUUCCGUGAUCGCCGGCUUUGCUUUCCUAGGAAUUCUGACUGGUGCAGUUGGUGUUCAUGGAGGACGAACUCGAACGCGCUGGUGUUACUUCCUUCAUUUUAUCUUUGCUCUCUUCCUGUCUCUCUGCUCCUUCGCCAUUUUCAUUGACUCUUUUGUCCAGUACAAGAAAAUGCAUAGUCAAGUCAGCUUGGACAACCCAACAGCUGCUCCUCAAAUUCACGAAGUCGCUGCUAACACAACUGUUGCACCAGGAACAGAAUCUACUUCAGCCAAGCCAAGCAGUUUACUAGAAGCCGAGGACGUAAAAGAGUUCAUCAGUGUGCUUGGAUUUCCACUUGCGAUCUACUUUUUCAACAUUUUUCUGUUUCUUGGCUCGGCUUUCUAUGCCUGGAAAGCGUGGAAGAACCGCGAAGGAUCUUUCCAACGGGAGAUGCUCGAGAAUGAGCCUGACAGUGGGCCUUCUCCAGACCCUCUUUAG